AAGUCCAUUCUCUGCGUUCUUGGAAUUGAGAAACAGCCAUCUCUCGUCGUUCCUCGUUAUCCUUUAAAACUGGAGACUGGUGUGGUGCACAGGUGUUGCUCAUUAACACAGAGCACAGGCCUAUAAAUAUGAAUCAGUAAGCAGCAAAUGUAUCGUCAAUGGACACAGCAGAACAAUGUUUUCGCUCAGUGUUGUGUGUUUGCUGGCUUUAAUGCUUGUAACCAGCAGUAUGCUGAUAUCUGCAGAUGUUGUAAAUUCCACCAGUGAGUUUGAAUACGUCGUAAUAACGUGUACGGAUUCUGACCUUCAUCUAAAAUGUGAUACUGGUGUGAUCUUAGCUACGUCAGCAACAUAUGGUCGCCAAAAUGACAGUUGCAGACAUACACAGCCACAAAAUGAAAUUUAUCCUGAGUGUAAAGACAGUCCUAAAUUUUUUUACUUGUGUAACGGACUGGCAGAAUGUGUCUUAACCAGAGAUCAACUUGAAAGCUUUGAUCCAUGUCUUCUGUCAUUCAACUAUUACAACAUCACCCAUGUUUGCAUCCCAACACAAAGAAGUGUAACUUGUGAAGGUGACGAAAAAGACUUUGGAUGUGAACAAGGUGUUAUUGCAAUAAUUGAUGCAAACUAUGGACGUACCGAUCAAACAACCUGCUCUAAACCAAAAAGAAAACCAAAUCGACAUCAAAACACAAACUGCCUUGCACCGGAAUCACUGAGUACCGUGUCAGACAGUUGUGAGGGGGCUAAAAGCUGCACUGUAACAGCCUCCAAUGAAAUGUUUGAUGAUCCAUGUGUCGGCACACGCAAGUACCUGAACAUCUCAUACUACUGCACGCCAGAAGAGAGCUGAUCUUGUGGAUUUGACACCUUAUUUGUCGGUAUCUGCAUAUUGGCUGCAAUUAACCCUUUAAUGUUUAACCAUGGGUUUAUUACAAAUAAUGCAUGCUCAAUUGGAUAACUGUGCAGUGUAGUUCAAUCAUAUCUCUAUCUGUGGAUGUAAAAAAAAAAAAGGUAAUUUAUUGAUCAAAUUAGUUUUUCUAUCUUUCUACAAUAAAACCAAGCUUAUUUUCUGUGAG